AUGGGUUCUCUCCUUCUUCUUCUUUGGUUACCUCAUCAUGGAAGUGCCAUCCAAUAUGAUUCUCAGUCGAAGCCGUCCCUCAAUAUUUCUCCCUUCUAUUCUCGGCUGCAUCGAAUCUGGCUUUUUUCCCGAUUGCUUUUCGUCAUGAGCUGCUGGUACAAGGCAGCAGAGAUUGGGAAACGAUUUGCUAUAUUCUACAGUGCCGCUGUCAUAUCAGGGGCUUUCGGUGGCCUUCUUGCUGGCGGAAUCACCAACGGUCUCCACGAAGCGCACGGUAUUGCCGGGUGGAGAUGGCUCUUCAUCAUCGAAGGCGUCGCAACAGUCGGAGUAGCCAUUGUCGCGAAGUUCAUCCUCCUCGACUUCCCUCAGAGCUCACCAGUCCUCACCCUCGAAGAGCGCCAACUAGCCACCGUCCGAAUCAUCGCAGACAGCGCGGCAUCUGGCUCCGCAUCCGGCUCGUCUAGAGAUGAUCGACUUUCCCACUGGGAGGCUUUCAAGGCAGCUGCCACCGACCCCGCGCACAUACUCUUUCAUGCUUCUCUUCGUCCUCGACGUCGGCGCCGGCACAAUUUCAUAUUCAUCCCCACCAUCACCAAGUCAUUGGGCUACGACACCGUCAAGGCGCAGUACAUGACUGUUCCCGUGUACGCAGUUGCCACACUUUGCCUCAACAUCUGCGCCUACUCCGCCGAUCGUCACGAGGAGCGAACAUGGCACAUUACGUCCGCUCUCUCGCUAGGAUUCAUCUCUGCAAUGGUCUGCGCCAUCGUCGAAACACCCGUAGUCCGCUACGUCAUGCUCUGCUUCGUCGCCUCUGGGAUCUGGAGUGCGCUCCCACUCAUCCUCGCAUGGGCAUCCAAGACCAUCGACCUUCCGGCCGAGAAACGCGCUAUUGCGAUUGCGAUGAUUAAUGCGGUUGGGAAUCUAUCGUCCGUGUAUGGGAGCCAGAUCUGGCCUACUAAGAGUGCUCCCCACUAUACUCUGGGCUGGGGUAUAACGGCUGGCUUCCUGGGUGCGGGUGCUUGUGUAGCUGCUCUGAUGCCGGUGUUUAUUAAGUUGGUCCCGAAUAAGUUGACAAAGGCGGAACUUGCGCUAAAGGAGAGGGGUGAGAAGAUGGUGGCUGAAGCGGCCGCUUUGUAA